UCAAGGGUCAUCUCUGUAUUGCUCCCUCCCCCUCCCCUCCAUAUCCACGCCGACCAGCGUUAGAGUACCGUGUGGGGGACAGGUGGUCGUCGAUAAAUUAAAAUAAUCGGGGGGAGUGUUUUGAAUUAAACAAGGAACAAUCCCCGUCCAGGGACGUCGGCGUGGGCUGGGCUACAAGGAGGCAUACCGCCGCUCGGCUGUGGUUCUGGUUGUGGAGGUCGAGCAAGCCGAGAAUCUGGCAUCAUGACUGCUACUCUGAGUAUGUCUUUUACCAAGGAUGUCUGUUCCUCCGGGGAAGUAGCGUCUGGCCUUGUUGGUGCGUACAAUUGACGGGUUGUCCCCCGAUGCCGUGGGCGGAUCGAAAAUCAGGGUCUGCUGGCUGCUCAGUUGCUGAUACUGCUCAACCGCAGAUGGGAUGUUUAACUCGGCCCCAGAUACUCCGUCUCCUGUCUACCCGGAUCGGCUGAUCCGUCCUCUGCCAAAGCGUACCCUCCGCUCUCGCCUGUCCUCUGAAGCGGCCGAGUCUAUCCUCUUCCCGCCGGCUCCUCCUGCCACCCAGCUAUUUUACGGCACCUCUGUGGAGAGCGCAGACCUUGUAAACGACGCCAAAGUGUAUGUGCAACAGAGCGACGGUCGCGACCCAAGCCCUGAGCGGGACCAUCUGCCGUAUGAGAACGGGGUCGAGUUGGAGAGCGGUGAUGAGGACGGGCCCGUAGUUGUUCGUCGGAGUGCGGGUUUUCGCGGGUCGUCCUUGUCACCGUCAACCCCCAGCGCUGCCCCUCAGGCACUCCCCUGCAACAGUGAAGGGCCCCCAGUGAAGUCCUCUGCGGCAGGCCCCGAUGGGUACGAUGCGUUUGAAAACACUAACAACAAAAAGAAACGCAAAAUCCCCACGCCAGGCAGCCUAAGUACCCACCACUCCACCCUCUCCCCCGAAUUCUCCAGCAUGGGUUUGGCCUCCUCCGUUCAGUCGUCUUCGACCACCGGCGAAGGCAGCCAUGUGAGCACCUUCUACGGCACUGGCAGCCCUGCGUCUCCGAUCUCCAGUGGCAUGUCCGGUGCGGGCAGAGGUCGGCUUGGGCGCCAUCCCCACCGCAGCAGCACAGGCAGGAACUCCUUGUCGCUUCAUUCUCCGAUCAGUUGGCCGCAGACCCCUACCCGGCGCGAUGGCCUGUUGUCAUCUCCCACAGGACCAACCAGUGACUCCGCCGCGAAACCAGACCAGGGUAUAAUCUCUGCUGCCAUCGCCAACGCCGCUGCGUCAGCUUUCUCAUCGCCCCCGCCGGGCCCGGGCAUCGUUAGUAUGCUCGAACGACAAACGCAGACAUCGACCAAUACCCAAUUCACCUUCACAUGCGAAUCCGACUCUUCGAAGGGCAUGGCGCUGCAGACCCAGACACAGAACAUGUACCCCGCACAUCACCGGUCGGCCAGUACGCUCACUGCGGCUGUCCAGGGUCAACGGGGUUACUCACAGGGGACCCAGACAAGCCCCAACAUUGCCUCGCAAGCGAACCAGUCUGGACCAUAUCCAAAUCCCCAACAACCGCCGCAGCAGCAACCGCCAAAUGCGGGGACGGAGACACCCACCACAGGGAGGAAGAAGAAGAAGCGGUCUCCGAGUAGCAUUUACGCCCUUGCCGCGCGCCAACGCAAAAUCCAGCAGCAGUAUGCCAACCUGCACCACCCGCCCAGCAUCGAAGACAUCUGGAUCUGUGAGUUCUGCGAAUACGAGAGCAUCUUUGGCCACCCGCCCGAGGCGCUCAUUCGCCAGUAUGAGAUCAAGGACCGCAAGGAGCGGAAGCGGUUGGCGGAGAAGAAGCGAUUGCUGGAGAAGGCCAAGAUGAAGGGCCGGAAGGGCAAGAAAGCGACCAAGAACGCCAGCAAGCAGGCGGCAGCUCAGCAGGCCGCGUAUGACCAGGGAUACGACCGGGCGUCGGCGGACCAGUCUUCGGUGGGAGGAGGGCCGGGGGUGCACGAUGACGAGUCUUUAGGCAACGAGUAUGAGGACGAAGGGAUUCCAACCCCACCUUCUGGACCUCCAAGUUCCGUCAAGGCCGCACCACCGCCGGGCCAUCCGCCCAAGCCGGGCACUGCAGCGUCAGGCGCUAAGAGUACCGCCGACGGAGGGACGAGGCCGCCCUGACAAUGGAGCAACGGCUAUCGGGCGAGUGAGCGGUGAUAGGCCGUUGCAUCCUUUGGGUUUCACUUCUUUGUCUGUUUUUUUAGUGCGUAUUGUUUCUUCCAAUCCGUUGCAUGGAGUUAGCCUUGUUCUGUUUUACUCUUGCCAAUCAUUUGCAUGGAUGAAUCCCCGCUCCGGUUGAUGAAUGUCACGUCAGCGUCACACAUGAUUUCUGGUCUGGUUGGAACUAUCAUUGAGGAGCAUCUAUGCAUAUUGGGAAUUGUCAUUGGGGGGUAAGGGGGGAGGACCCGGGGAGAUGGGAUAUUCUGGGAUGCAGAGCGAGCAUGGGUCGGGUCCUAUUCUAGGUAGUGGUUAUCCUAGUAGCGCUAAGGUAGAUCUUGGGAUGAGAAACCAUUGAUGUGCUGUGCCAAGGGAG